AUGAGCGUAAUAAGUCAAGAACAAACUAAAGAGGAUAGGAAAAUAGGAAAAGAUAAUGAACUAUCAGAAUCCUAUUCAUAUUUUUCAGAAUUAAGAAAAAAAAUAAUUUUAAAAGAACAAGAAAUUGCAGAAAAAAGGAAUAAAGAAUUAAAACAAGGACAUAAAAAUAAAAAUAAUAAAGUUACAUAUAGAUCAUUUGAUGAAUUUUACAAAUAUAAAAAAAAGUGUGAGGAUUAUGAAAGUAAAAUAAAAAAUGAAACAUGGAGACAUUUAAACAAAAAUCGAUCUAAAGAAAGAAACAACUUAAAUAAUAAUAUAAAUUUGAUAUCUAUCGAAAAAAAUGAUGAAAAAUAUUCAUAUACUAAAUUUAAAAUGGAAAGGGCUGGAACGGUUAAACAAUUAAAAGACUAUUUUCAACAAAUUCAAAAUGAAAAAUUACAAAAAAAAAACAAAAGUUUAAUUCGUAAAAAUAAUAGUAAAAAUUAUUCUACUCCUUUAAAUGAUAAUAAUAUAAUCAUAGAAAAAAAUGAAACAAAUAUAAAACAAAAUGAAUUUAAUCAAAUAUAUUAUAUCACUGAGCAUGAUCACACAAACGAUUUAAAUAUAAAGACAGAUUAUAAUAAUAAAAUUAUUACUAAGAAUAUCGAUUUUUCAGGAAAUUCUAUUGCACUUAUUAAAAAAAAUAAUAAUGAACUUACCGAUGAUACAAAAAGAAAUAUUUCAAUUGAACGUGAAGAUACAACUGAAGGAGGAAGUACAUUUGGAAGGGGAAGUACAUUUGAACGAGAUGAAGCUGAAGAAAUAAUUGACGAUGAAAUAUUAGAUGAAGAAAUCGAAAAUAUGGAUAAAACAGAAAUAAAUUUAUUAUAUAAUUUAAUAAAUGAAAUGAAAAAAGGAAAUGAAAAUGAUGAAAAUUAUAUUUCCAAUUUAAUCGAAGAAUUACAUAAUUCAAAUAAAGGAUAUAUGAUUGAAAAAAUACUUAACAUUUUAAAAAAAUUUGAUAAAAAUGUAAAACCAUAUCAAAUAUCAAAGCUUUCUGGUGAAUUUGAGGAAAGUAUAAUUUCAAAAGAACUGGACGACUAUCCCCAAAUAACGAAAAAUCAAAUUAUGGAAAAACGAGAAGAAUGGGAUGGUAAUUUAUCUGAACAAAUUAAUAGAGAUGAAAUUAACAAUAGUAGAAAACAAAGUUUGAAUAAUGAAACACAAAAUGAUGAAAUAAAAAAAGAAGAUAAAGAUGAUAGCCAAUUCGAAUGGUUUUAUUCAACUAUGGAUGAUAUUUGUAAAAGAGAAAUAAAUUCAAGUAUGGAUCAAAAUAUCGUCAAUAAUGAAAUCAAAGAAUAUUCAAGUGAUGAUAGUGAAAAACAAAACUUAUUUUUAUGGCUAAAUAAUAAGCAUGUUGAAAAUGUUAUAAUUGAAGAAAGUCAAAUUGGGGAAGAUACAAUUGAAUAA